UAUUUUCUCAAAAACUCAGAAAAUUUUGCUACUUUCUGACACCCUUUUGGCAGAGCUUCACAGAACUUCAAUCAAAGAAGCAGCUUUCUUUUUUCCUGUUUUAAUUCUAUUCUUUUUUUCGUACACGUAACAAGUAACUACAAUAUGUUUUCUGUGAACUCUGCCGCCGAUUCUUUUCUCCUCCAACCACUCUUUCUUCAUGCUUUCUCGAGCUUCCUCCACCUCUUAUUGGUGGUGGUGAUUUUGGUGUUGUGGAUUUGGAAGAAAGUCAGAGUGGGAGCUUCUGCUACUGGAUAUGAGUCUAAUAAGACUAAUUAUAAUAAGAAGGCUCUGUUUUGUUCUGUUUUUGCUUCAGCAUUUAACCUUAUCCUAUGUCUCUUUAAUUACUUCUAUUGGUAUAGAAGUGGUUGGUCAGAAGAAGAGCUCGUGACUCUUUUGGAUUUGGCACUCAAAGCUCUUGCUUGGGGUGUUGUUGGUGUUUGCUUACAAAAAGGUUUCUUCUUCUUCUUCACUUCAGGUGAUAGAAGAUUUCCAUUACUCUUUAGAACUUGGUGUGUCUUCUACCUGUUUGUUUUUUGUUAUUGUUUUGUAGUAGACAUUGUUCUUGUGUAUGAAAAACAUGUGGCUUUACCUGCUCAGUACUUAGUUUCUGAUGUAGUUUCAGCUUGUGUGGGUUUAUUCUUCUGUUACUUUGUGUGUUUUGUGAGGAAUGAGUGUGAAUUUAGCACUCUUGAGGAGACUCUACUGAAUGGUGAUGCCCAUGUUAGUGAUAAUAAGAAAGGGGCUGAAACUGUUACCCCUUAUUCAAAUGCUGGAAUUUUCAGCAUUCUUACAUUCUCUUGGGUUGGUCCUCUUAUUGCUGUUGGCAAUAAGAAGACCUUGGACCUUGAGGAUGUGCCACAACUAGAUAGCAGCGAUAGUGUGGUUCGAGCCUUUCCGAAAUUCAGAGAAAAGGUGGAGACAGAUUGUGGUGCAGUUAACAAUUUGACGACAAUUAAGUUGGUGAAGUUGUUGAUAAUCUCGGAGUGGAAGGAGAUUCUCUUCACAGCAGUUCUUGCAUUGUUGAACACUUUGGCUUCUUAUGUUGGUCCUUAUCUCAUUGAUGCUUUUGUUCAAUACCUUGAUGGACAAAGGCUAUAUGAGAAUCAGGGCUAUGUUUUGGUUUCUACAUUUUUCUUGGCGAAGCUUGUUGAGUGUUUGACUCAGAGGCAUUGGUUCUUUAGGUUGCAGCAAAUUGGACUUCGAAUGCGAGCACUACUUGUGACCAUGAUCUAUAAUAAAUCAUUGACACUUUCAUGUCAAUCAAAGCAAGGCCAUACUUCCGGGGAAGUAAUCAACUUCAUGUCAGUUGAUGCUGAUAGAAUUGGUGUCUUCAGUUGGUACAUUCAUGAUUUGUGGAUGGUAGCUCUGCAAAUUUCUUUAGCCUUGUUGAUUUUGUAUAAAAGCCUUGGCCUUGCUUCAAUUGCUGCAUUUGUUGCAACCAUUGUUGUAAUGUUGGCAAAUGUCCCCUUGGGAUCAUUGCAAGAAAAAUAUCAGGAUAAGUUGAUGGAUUCAAAAGAUAUAAGAAUGAAGGCAACAUCAGAGAUUCUCAGGAACAUGAGGAUUCUCAAACUUCAAGGGUGGGAAAUGAAGUUUCUGGCUAAGAUAACUGAACUCAGGAAAACCGAGCAGGGCUGGUUAAAGAAAUUUGUUUAUACAUCAGCCAUGACCACAUUUGUAUUUUGGGGUGCUCCAACAUUUGUAUCUGUGGCUACUUUUGGAACUUGUAUGCUUAUGGGGAUUCCACUUGAAUCAGGGAAGAUCUUGUCUGCACUUGCUACAUUCCGGAUUCUUCAAGAGCCUAUAUAUAAUCUUCCAGAUACAAUUUCAAUGAUAGCACAAACUAAGGUUUCUGUUGAUAGGAUCUCAUCAUUCCUUCGUCUUGACGACUUGCAGUCCGAUGUUGUAGAGAGGCUUCCUCGCGGUUCUUCUGAUAAAGCAAUUGAAGUGGUAGAUGGAAAUUUCUCUUGGGAUUUAUCUUCACCGAAUGCAACAUUGAAGAACAUAAAUCUCACAGUUCUACAUGGCAUGAGGGUUGCUGUUUGUGGUACUGUAGGAUCAGGCAAGUCUACGUUACUUUCCUGUAUAUUAGGAGAAGUGCCGAAGAAAUCAGGUAUCUUGAAGGUGUGUGGAACAAAGGCCUAUGUUGCACAAUCGCCAUGGAUACAAAGCGGAAAGAUAGAGGAUAAUAUAUUGUUUGGACAGGAGAUGGAUAGGGAAAGGUAUGAGAAGGUACUUGAAUCUUGUUCCUUGAAGAAGGAUCUAGAAGUUUUGUCCUUUGGUGAUCAGACAGUUAUAGGAGAACGCGGUAUCAAUUUGAGUGGAGGACAGAAACAAAGAAUACAAAUUGCUCGUGCCCUUUACCAAGAUGCUGAUAUAUAUUUGUUUGAUGAUCCUUUUAGUGCUGUGGAUGCUCAUACAGGAUCUCACCUCUUUAAGGAAUGCUUGCUUGGCCAACUAAGUUCAAAGACAGUAGUAUAUGUUACUCAUCAAGUAGAGUUCUUGCCAGCUGCUGAUCUCAUCUUGGUCAUGAAAGAUGGGAAGAUUACUCAAUGUGGAAAGUAUAAUGACUUGCUUAAUAGUGGGACUGAUUUCAUGGAACUUGUUGGUGCACACAAGAAAGCAUUGUCUACACUCGAGUCUUUGGAUGGAGGAACAACAUCAGAUGAAAUAAGCACCAUGGAAGAUGGAAGUGUUCCUAGUGCUAAUGGAAGUAUUAAAGAAAAAGAGGCAAACGGAUACGAGCAAAAUGGUAAAACAGAUGAGAAAGAUGAGCUAAAAGGCCAGCUUGUUCAGGAAGAAGAAAGGGAGAAAGGUAGAGUUGGAUUUUCAGUCUAUUGGAGAUACAUCACGACGGCGUAUGGAGGAGCUCUCGUUCCUUUCAUAUUGUUAUCUCAGAUUCUCUUUCAAGUUCUCCAAAUUGGAAGCAACUAUUGGAUGGCUUGGGCAACUCCAGUCUCACAAGAUGUGGAGCCACCUGUUGAAGGAACAACUCUUUUGGCUGUCUAUGUUGCUUUGGCCAUUGGAAGUGCAUUUUGCAUCCUUUCUAGAGCAAUGUUUCUUGCAACUGCUGGUUAUAAGACGGCUACUAUACUUUUCAAUAAAAUGCAUUUCUGCAUCUUCCGUUCCCCAAUGUCAUUCUUUGAUUCCACUCCAAGUGGUCGAAUCCUUAACAGAGCUUCUACUGACCAAAGUGCAGUAGAUACUGAUAUUCCUUAUCAAAUUGGUUCGUUCGCCUUCUCCAUGAUCCAGCUUGUAGGAAUUAUAGCAGUGAUGUCCCAAGUUGCAUGGCAAGUUUUCAUUGUCUUUAUACCUAUGAUAGCAGCCAGCAUAUGGUAUCAGCAAUACUAUAUACCAUCGGCUAGAGAACUAUCACGUUUGGUUGGAGUAUGUAAAGCUCCAAUCAUUCAACACUUUGCUGAAACAAUUUCUGGUACAUCAACCAUCAGAAGCUUUGAUCAGCAGUCUAGAUUUCAGGAAACAAAUAUGAAAUUGACCGACAGCUAUUCUCGGCCAAAGUUUAAUAUUGCUGGUGCUAUGGAGUGGUUGUGCUUCCGAUUAGAUAUGUUGUCCUCUAUCACAUUUGCCUUUUCCUUGAUUUUCUUGAUAUCUAUUCCUCAAGGUGUCAUAGAUCCAGGUAUUGCCGGUUUGGCUGUUACAUAUGGUCUUAACUUAAACAUGAUACAAGCUUGGGUGAUAUGGAAUCUUUGUAACUUGGAGAACAAGAUUAUAUCAGUAGAAAGAAUACUUCAGUACACUUCCAUUCCUAGUGAGCCUCCCCUUGUUAUCGAAGAAAAUCGACCAGCUCCUUCUUGGCCAUCAUAUGGAGAGGUUGAUAUACAUAACUUGCAGGUUCGUUAUGCUUCACACCUUCCACUUGUGUUGCGUGGCCUCACAUGCACAUUUCGCGGAGGACUGAAAACUGGGAUUGUUGGGAGAACAGGAAGUGGUAAAUCAACUCUCAUACAAACACUCUUCCGAAUUGUUGAACCAACCACAGGAGAAGUUAUGAUUGACGGCAUCAACAUCUCUUCAAUAGGACUUCAUGAUUUGAGGUCUAGACUGAGCAUUAUUCCUCAAGAUCCAACCAUGUUUGAAGGGACAGUCAGAAGUAAUCUUGAUCCUCUAGAAGAGUACACAGAUGAACAAAUAUGGGAGGCCCUGGACAAGUGUCAGCUUGGUGAUGAAGUUAGACAAAAAGAAGGAAAGUUGGACUCGCCAGUUAGCGAGAAUGGCGAAAAUUGGAGUAUGGGACAGAGGCAAUUGGUGUGCUUAGGUAGGGUGUUGCUUAAGAAGAGCAAGGUAUUGGUGCUUGAUGAAGCGACUGCAUCAGUUGAUACUGCUACAGACAAUUUGAUACAACAAACUCUUAGGCUACAUUUCGCCGACUCAACAGUCAUAACCAUUGCACAUAGAAUCACUUCUGUUCUUGACAGUGAUAUGGUCUUGCUUCUUCAUCAAGGAUUAAUUGAGGAAUAUGAUUCACCUUCAAAAUUGCUAGAGGAUAGAUCAUCAUCUUUUGCUCAACUUGUUGCAGAGUAUACAAUGAGGUCUAAAUCCACCUUUGAGAAAUCUGCUGAUCAUCACUGAUUGAAAAAGGGUGCAAAAUACCAAAACUUAAAAGUUUCUUGACAAUGACGAAAAUUCAGGGGGAAUUACAAUCUAACUAGUAGAGUAGUAGUGCUCAUGAUUCUUCUGUCAUUUAGAAGUUGUGAUAGAAAAGUGUAUUUAGUAAAACAGAAAUGUUUGGUAACAAAACAUAAUUAGCCGAAAAUAGUUAGAACUUAUUUUAUUUAAUAUUUAUUAAUUCUAGUAAUAAUUGAUAAAACAAGUUCUUAAGCUUAA